AUGCCUGAAUCACUCAUAAUACCUGAAAAAUUACCUCUUCAGAGAUUAAAAUCAAAUGAAUCCACCACAUCUUCAACAUUUUCAAGAAAUUCAUCAUCCUCAUCAGUCGCCACUUCAAUAUCCACAACAGCACAUUCUCCAAUACAGUUUAAACAUUCACCUUUAUCACCUUCCCUAACGUCAUUAACUGAAGCUUUACAACUAUCUUUUUCAAAACCAGUUGAUCACCAUUCCACCACCACCACAACAACUACAGCUGCACCUCCAACUACAACUCCAACUAAUGAACCUGUACAAUUAGAAAAAUGGUGUAUAAUAUUAGUCGGUCUUCCAGCUUCAGGGAAAUCAUCCAUCACUGCCAAUCUAAUGAAUUCAUUAAAGCCAAAUGUUCAUAUAGAUACUUUUAAUGCUGGGUUCAUACGUCGUAAAUUAUCAAAUUUUGAAAAUCAAGAUUCAAAAUUUUUUGAUUUUAAUAAUCCAGAAGGUAAAAAGCAAAGAGAUUUAUAUGCUACAAUUUCAUUAGAUCAUUUAUUAAAUUCAUUAAUUGUGGAUAAUUUAGAUAUUGGUAUAUUGGAUGCAACUAAUUCCACUCGUGAACGUCGUGAUUAUAUUUUCAACACCAUAAAGCAAAAGAAUUCAUCUUCUGGUGUAAAGAUAAACACAAUGGUUUUGGAAAUAAAGUGUGAAGAUCAAAAAUGUUGGGAAUAUAACGCUAGGGCAAAGACAAAAGGUCCUGAUUAUGCCAAGAUGGGGUAUGAUGUUGCAUUAAAAGAUUUUAUUAAUAGAGCUCAUAAAUAUAGAGACGCUUUUGAAGAAAUUACAAAAGAUGAAAUGAUUAAAGAUGGUGGCGUUUUCAUAACGUUGAAGGAUGUUGGACGUGCAAAUAUUGAGAAAUUUGGAGUGGAAAAUAUUGAUCAUGAUGAUCAAGUUUUUGAAAUGAUUAUGAAGUUUAUUGAUUGUUAUUAUGAGGAAUUUGGGAAAGAUUAUUUGGAUUUGGUUUAUAAUGACGUGUGA